AUGGCCGAGUUCAGGGUGCGGGUAUCCACUGGGGAGGCCUUCGGGGCUGGCACGUGGGACAAAAUGUCUGUCAUCAUCGUGGGGACCGAAGGAGAGACCCUGCCACUGCCCCUGGACCAUUUCGGCAAAGAGUUCACAGCGGGCGCUGAGGAGGACUUCGAGGUGACGUGCCCCCAGGACGUGGGCCGGGUGCUGCUGCUGCGCGUGCACAAGACUCCCCCCGCGCUGCUCCGUCCCUUCUGGCCCCUGGCCUCGGACGCCUGGUUCUGCCGCUGGUUCCAGCUCACGCCGCCCCGGGGCGCCCCCCUCCGCUUCCCCUGCUACCAGUGGCUGGAGGACAAGGGGAGCCUGGUGCUGCGGGAGGGGACAGCGAAGAUCUCCUGGGAAGACCACCACCCCACCCUCCAGCAGCAGCGCCAGGAGGAGCUGCAGGCCAGGCGGGAGACGUACAGCUGGAAGACUUACAUCCCAGGCUGGCCUCACUGCCUAAACGAGGAGACCAUAAAAAACCUGGACCUCAACAUCAAAUACUCUCUGGCAAAGAACAUCACCUUCUACCUGCGAGGCGGCUCAAUGUUGGCAGAUCUGAAACUCAAAGGGCUGCUGGACCGCAAGGGGCUCUGGAAGAGUCUGGAGGAGAUGAGAAGUGUAUUCAACUCCCGGAAGACCCCAGCCGUGGAGUACGUGUUUGAACACUGGCAGGAGGAUGCCUUCUUCGCCUACCAGUUCCUGAAUGGCCUCAACCCGGUCCUGAUCCGCCGCUGUCGCCACCUGCCAAAGAACUUCCCUGUCACUGAUGCCAUGGUGGCCCCAGCGUUGGGCCCUGGGACGAGUCUGCAGGCUGAGCUGGAGAAGGGGUCCUUGUUCCUGGUGGAUCACGGCAUCCUCUCUGGCAUCUGCACCAAUGUCAUUAAUGGGAGGCCUCAGUUCUCCGCGGCCCCAAUGACCCUGCUAUAGCAGCGCCCAGGGUGUGGGCCCCUGCUGCCCCUCGCCAUCCAGGUCAGCACUCGCCAGACCCCUGGGCCCGACAGCCCCAUCUUUCUGCCCAGCGACGACAAGUGGGACUGGCUGCUGGCCAAGACGUGGGUGCGCAAUGCCGAGUUCUCCAUCCACGAGGCCCUCACGCACCUGUUACAGGUACACCUGGUGACCGAGGUCUUCACCCUGGCUACGCUGCGCCAGCUGCCUCACUGCCACCCACUCUUCAAGCUGCUGAUUCCGCACACACGGUACACCCUGCACAUCAACACGCUGGCCCGUGAGCUACUCAUUGCCCCCGGGAAGGUGGUCGACAGGUCCACAGGCCUUGGCAUUGAAGGUUUCUCUGAGCUGAUACAGAGGUACAUGGAACAGCUGAACUAUUCCGUCCUGUGUCUGCCUGAGGAUAUCCGGGCCCGAGGAGUUGAAGACAUCCCAGGCUACUACUACCGGGAUGAUGGGAUGCAGAUCUGGGGUGCAGUGGAAGGCUUUGUCUCCGAAAUGAUUGGCAUCUACUACCUGAGCGAUGAGCUUGUCCGCGAUGACAGUGAACUCCAGGCCUGGGUGUGGGAGAUCUUCUCCGAGGGCUUCCUAGGUCGGGAGAGCUCAGGUGUACCGUCCUCCCUGGGGACACGGGAAGCCCUGAUACAGUACAUCACCAUGGUGAUAUUCACCUGCUCGGCCAAGCAUUCCGCUGUCGGUACAGGGCAGUUUGACUUCAGUGCCUGGAUGCCCAACCUGCCACCUACCAUGCAGCUGCCACCGCCCACCUCUAAAGGCCAGGCAAGCCCGGAGGGGUUCAUAGCCACCCUCCCGCCAGUCAAUGCCACGUGUGAUGUCAUCACUGCCCUCUGGGUGCUGAGCAAGGAGCCUGGAGACAGACGGCCCCUGGGCACCUACCCGGACGAGCACUUCACAGAGGCGGCCCCGUGCUGGAGCAUCGCGGCCUUCCAGGGCCGCCUGGCUCAGAUCUCGCGAGACAUCCAGGAGCGAAACCAGGACCUGGAGCUGCCCUACACCUACCUGGACCCUCCCAUCAUCGAGAACAGCGUCUCCAUCUAAAUCCCCUGGGGAAAAGGGCCCCACAUGACAUCCCUCUAGGCUACCUGCC